CAUUCGAUUAGAUAUUUAAACUGACAAAAAUUGUAUCUUGACGACGUGGUUAAUUAUUAUAAGUCUUCUUAACAAUUAACAACCAGUAGAUUUAUCCAAGAAAGUCUUCUCAACAUGGAUUUCAAAGGAAUUGUACUAGUUUUAACUGUGUUCUGCCUUUUGAGCUCAGUUCAUGCAGCAAAAUGUAGCCAAAAGAAACCAGCCGCAGCAAUCGAUUGGGGCCUUUUUAAAGGUGAAUGGUACCAGUACAAGUCAUUCGGAGACGGAUUCCACAGAACGUUUUCAAGAUGUUUGAAGGAUGUUUAUGUCACCAAGGAUGAUUCAUCAUCUUACAGGGAGCACUCAUACAUGACACGACUGUUACCUAUACAUUUUUCAUCAAAAAAUUUAAUCAAUGUCAUUUCCACGUCUACCUUCACUCUUAAAUCAAAUGGCUGGUUUUCUUCUGACGUGACUUUUACAUUACUUGAUGCAGACUACAGCAAUUAUGCCGUCCUUUGGUCAUGUAAAGAUGGCCUUUUCAAAACAUCAGAGUCAUCUUGGAUUUUGACCAAAAGUAGAGAGCCACAAUUCUCACUAGACACUCAACAGAAACUUGAAGCUUCACUGCAAAAAUUUGGACUUUCGUUAGCCCAAUACGGUGACGUUUCACAAAGUUCAUGCAAUUAAUACUACCAAUUCACUCACCUGAGUAUUAGUAUUUAUGUAUUAUGUUAUUUAAGUAUAUAUUUGUUUAAAAAUUGAUAGUACCAGAUAUAGUUUGAUGCUUACCUGCAGGAAGGUGAAAUAAUAAAUAUAAUUUAAUCACAAA